AUGAGUGCCGGAUUUGAAAAGUGGGAUGACAACAUGAUAGAUAGGAAUAAUAUUUAUAUUGAUGGGGAUAUAGGGAGCAUUGACGUAGUCUUUAAAAAUUCCUAUGGCGCAGAUGGUGAAUUUGCAAUCGGAAUGGAAUUCAGUUCUAGGGAAGCUGUUAUGAUGGCGGUGAAAGAUUAUACCAUCCGAAGAGGCGUAGACUAUGAAAGAUUAUACCAUCGAAGAGGCGUAGACUACCGUGUGUAUGAGUCGGAGCCGUUGACCUUCUAUGCGAAGUGUACACAGUAUGGAUCAGGGUGUGAUUGGCUUAUCAGAGCCACUAUUUCUCAGGAUCAUUCGAAGCUGGAUUCGAACACAAUUGCGGAAGCAAUAAAGCCGUUGGUUGAGGCUGACCCGUCGAUAAAUGUGAAAUCAGUUAUUGCGGAAGUGCAGUCGAAGUUCAAUUACACCGUCAGCUAUCGGAAGGCAUGGUUGGCGAAACAAAAAGCAGUGGAAAAAAUAUUUGGCGGUUGGGAAGCAUCAUAUGAAGCUUUGCCUAUAUGGUUUCAGGCCAUGUGUAACAAGGAGCCAUCAGCAAUCGUCCAUUUCGAGACUAUGUCUGCAUAUCAAGGUGAUGAGGAAGUAACUGAUAUCCGGGUAUUGCAUAGAGUCUUCUGGAGUUAUUACCCCUGCAUUAGAGCGUUCAGACACUGCAAGCCAGUUGUCCAGGUUGAUGGGACUCACUUGUACGGAAAGUAUAAGGGUUGUUUGUUAGUCGCCGUUUCGCAGGAUGGUAACAAUAAUAUCGUCCCUAUUGCGUUUGCAAUUGUGGAGGGGGAGACUUCUGAUGCAUGGCACUUUUUCCUUAGUAACCUGCGACAACAUGUUGUGACUCGGGAUGGUGUGGGACUGAUUUCUGACAGGCACGAAUCCAUCAAUGCAGCUAUUGCCCGGAGCAACGGAGCUUGGUCGCCCCCGAGAGCAUUCCACAUGUUUUGCAUCAGGCAUAUAGAGUCGAACUUCUUGAGAAAGUUCAAGGCACCGUACCUGCAAAAACUUGUGGUCAAUAUAGGUUAUUCGAGGACGGUGCGCGAGUACGAACAGCGCUACUAG